AUGCCGUCCGCAUCGGCAUCAGCAUCGGCAUCGGCUUCGGCACGCGGCAAGAACAUCGCCAAGAAGAUUUCGCAAAAGUCGAAAUCGAAGCCGAAGCCCAAGCCUCGACCACAAUCCAAGUCCAAGCAUGCUUCCGAGAUUUCGUUGAAGCCACAGCACAGCUUCGACCUGAUGAGGACCGCCAUCGCUGCGACUGCUUUCCGUAGCGCUAAAUGGGUGAAACGAACCUUCGACCCAACGGACCCGGAUACUUCAUACGAUGCUUUUCUAGCAGGUUCCAACGACAAGAACACGCCCAACGGUUUCUUCUGGAUGGUUCCGGUGCCUGGCGAAGACUUGCAAGUGGACAAGCUAUUGUCUCGUCUUGAGAUCGGUGUCAGUGACGCUCUGGCGAAAAAGCAUCUACGCAAAGUCCAAUUGUCUUUUCAUAGCCCUGGUAUCGAUGCGAUAUCCAACGAGAAUGCUCUCGAGUUGUGCGCCAUGACUGUGACAUACGGAAGCGACGGUGCCUACCUCAGCACCGAGAUUAGGAACAGCCAAGGUUCUGAGCCUGCCCAAGUUCACGUCCUGGAUGGGAAGAACCAGCUCAAAUACAUGAUCGACGGAGUCAAGGACUAUCUCGUCGCUAAUAAAAAGAGCCCUGCCCUACCAGCUGGCUCUCGUGUCAGUAUGCAGCUGGACUAUACUGAUGAUACGCCCGAAGAUUAUGAGCCCGAGGCCUUUCAUCCAGGCGACUAUGGUACAAAGAAACUUCUCGAUAUGAGCAAGAGUAGUACUGAUCUUUUGACAAUGAACACGGGUUUUCACACUGCUUACUUGAAAAGCAUCGCCUAUAGUUUCAUCCUCCCAGGCCUCAGAGAUAUCCAAGACGCGCAAUGUAUCGAGGAAUCACCAAUUACCGGGCCCGAAGCGAGCAGAGCCUACAGCAGCCAAGCGCCUCAGCGUAACGUUCGCCCUAAUCAUCGGUCCUCCUCAGUCAUUUCUGAAUCUGAUGGAGGCUACACGCAAUCCCAAAAUCUAACGAUGCUACAGCAAGCAGGCUCCUCGAGGGUUCCCCUUGCUUCUUCCCAGGACACACAACCAUACUUCGCUCAAUUUGUAUCCGGACCACAAGGAAACGCAUUGGCCCGCGGCGAGACUGCCACCGGACAAAUCGUCGCUCCUCUCUACACGCAGGAUGUCUACGAACAGCUCGAACAUUGCGUACGGGGCAUGUCCACACAGCGAGACGACGAUCUUGAUGAUUCUCCAAGAACUGUCAUCAGUUGCGAAUGCCAUGUGGAUGUCGCGAAAGGAUCUUUAAUUGAGUGCCCGGGGUGCAAGAGGUUUCAACAUGCCGAAUGUUACGGCUAUCGUCAAAACAUUCCCGAGUUCCACUUCUGCUACAAUUGCAUCAAAGUAAGCGAAGAAUGCUUGAUAAGAAGAGCUUUCGGCUUCUUUCUUGACCGGGAGCCUCUAUCAGCGACGGUGGAUGAGCUCAAGAUUCAUCUUGGAGACGGCACUGAAAAUACAACCGCCACUCUUCGUAACCUGGAAUCCAAAGGCUACAUCCAGCCAAUUUCGACCAAGGGGAAGAAGAAGAAAGUGCCCCCAACCUACAAAUACGUUGGAGAUUAUGACACUAUCUGUCGAGAGUACUUCGAGCCAAGGAAGGGACUCCAUCUGCUCUUCCAACAACCAGAUGUCGAUAUUUCGGACUCUGAGGCCACAGCUUGUCAUUUUAGUGCCGACGAGGAUGCCCUACAUGGUUACGGAAUGGCACUGAGAUCGGCUGGCCCUACACCUACAGCCUCUUCAAACAAUCUCCCCGCUAUUCGUGGCCUGACAGGCUCAAUACAAACAGCCUCUUCUCUAAGUGACGGUACGACCCAGGACGACUCAAACAUAGGUUCUCUGGCAAAUUCAGGCAUCCGUAGAGCUCGAGCUCCCAGCGGUUCUCGCUGCUUGAGACGCCAGUCCACUCCAAAGACCCCUGGACAAGGAAGCACUACUCAAGGAACUCCAAGUCCCCAGCCGAGCAGAAACAAGCGAGUCGCCUCGCUAAUUUCGCAGAGCCGACCAGGGAAGCGCCACAGAAGUAGUCAGAUGAGCCCGAUGGUUGUGAACUCGUAUGGUCCUUGA